AUGGCACAACCGACCCAUCCAUAUCAAUCUUUGAACAUCGACGAACGAGUCAAGCGCGUUCUCUUAAAGACACCAUUAAUAGACGGGCACAAUGACCUCCCCCAACAGCCACGAGCAAUCACGCACGGCAAGAUCUACAACACCCCGAAGUUCGAUCUGGAGAAGGGCUUCGAGCGGGGAAUGACGGAUAUCCCUCGACUACGAGCUGUCGGGGGCCAAUUCUGGUCCAUCUGCGUCCCGUGUCUGAGGUCUGCAGAGAACUUCUCGACCCCGGAGUACUCGGACAUGGCCAGGGAUGCGAUUGAACAGAUCGACCUGACCCUGAGGCUGGUUGAGGCUUAUCCGGAUGUAUUCAAACUCGUCGACGGACCGGGCGAUGUGAAGAGGGUUUACGCCGAGGGGAAGAUUGCCUGUUCCAUUGGCAUCGAAGGACUGCACAUGGCCGGAAACAGCAUCGGAAUAAUCCGCGCCUUCUACAGGCUAGGCGUUCGAUAUUGCACCCUCACCCACGUCUGUAACAAUGCCUUCGCCGACAGUUCCACAUCAAAAGUCGGACCUGUCCACGGCGGUCUAUCGAGUCUUGGCCGGUCCGCUAUCAUCGAGAUGAAUAGACUAGGGAUGAUAAUCGACUGCUCGCAUGUAUCUGAGGAGUGUGCGCGGCAGGUACUAAGCCUCACGCGUGCGCCGGUGAUGUUCUCGCAUUCCAACGUAAAAGCUGUGUUUGAUUGUCCGCGGAAUAUUCCGGAUGAUGUUAUCGAUAUGGUACGCGAGAAUAACGGGAUUAUCAUGGUUACGUUUGUGCCGGAGCAUGUUACGACUAGGCGCGCGGAGGCAAAGAUGGAGAUGGUGCUUGAUCAUCUGUUCUAUAUUACCGAGCGGAUUGGAUGGGAGUUUGUUGGGUUGGGGUCAGAUUUUGAUGGGAUUGCGUCUGUUAUACCUGGGUUAGAGGAUGUCAAGUGCUAUCCAAAGCUGUUGCAGGCGAUUCUUGAUCGGGGAGCGACGGAGGAGCAGUUGGGCAUGGUGGCGGGGGAGAAUAUCCUUAGGGUUUGGAGCGCCGUUGAGAAGGUCAGGGAUCAGAUGAAGGCUGAAGGUGUUCUUCCUGUUGAGGAUAUCUGGGAGGAGCGUACUUGGUGGAGAUAUGAUGGGUACUAUCAAAUGCCUGAUCCUGAUCCAGAAGAUAAACUGGGUUUGGGAUGGUAUGGGGUGCCACCACCAGAGGAGGGAUUGUAUCUUAAGGAAUAG